AUGGAGAGCAAAUACUUCUACUUCGACCUCGACUAUUAUGGGGUGAACUUCUAUGAGGAAGAAAUAAUGACUGAAUCUCAGCAGAGGGCCGCAGCAGCAGCCUGUUACCGCUUUGGAAGAGGUGUAAGAGUCCUGCAUGAGCUAGGCCAGGACGAUGACCUGAGCUUUAAAUGCAAGAAAAACUACAGCCAUGAAACAAGGAAGGAAAUGCAAGCCCAUUCCAGUGAGACUGCUAAAGCGACUGAAGCAGUUCCCCGUCGUCCCAACAACAGGCAAAUAAAACACCACAAGUUCACCUAUGCCCAACUGAGUGAACUGGAGAAGGCUUUCCAAGAGACCCAGUAUCCUGAUGCACACCGAAGAAAAACACUUGCAGACCUCAUUCACGUGGACGAAUGCAAGGUGAAGGCUUGGUUUAAAAACAAGAGAGCUAAAAUCAGGAAAAAGCAUAAGGAAUUACUACUCAGGAAUGCUACAUCUGGUACCUUGAGCAACUUUUCCACUCAGAUGAAUGAAGACCCCAAGAGUAGUACCUCUGUUCCCAAGGCACCAAUAGAGUUCAUCGAGUGCCAGCAACAUCUUGGCAAAUCCUGCUGGUCAUAA